AUGACUGUCGCCUCUGUUGAGAACAACGUCCCUAGGGCAAUCCCGAUCUGGCGCAAAGUCUUCGACCAAGGUAGUGUUUCUCAAUACAUCAUUGAUCAACACUACAAUGGUGCCGGCACUGAGGAGGAUCCAUACCAAGUGUCUUGGGUGGAGGAAGACCCCUGCGAUCCUAUGCUGUUUUCUGCAGUGACCAAAUGGCUUAUUAUGGUCCUGGUAGGCAUCGAGACUUUGGCGGUGGCCCUUGUAUCAUCUGCCUACUCGGGUGGUAUUGUUGAAAUCCUGGUUGAUUUCCGAGUCAGCGAGGAAGUUGCUCUUCUGGGUAUUUCGCUCUUCGUCAUCGGAUUCGCUGUCGGACCCUUGUUCUGGGCGCCCUUAAGUGAGAUUUAUGGGCGUCGUUAUAUCAUGAUCGCGAGUGCUGUGGGCCUAACAGCGUUCACCGCUGGAAGUGCUGGGUCGAAGAACAUUUGGACCUUGAUUAUCCUGCGGUUCUUCGCUGGCUGUCUCGGUUCUGCACCCUUCGCAGUAUCUGGUGGUAUCAUCGCCGACACAUUCCCUGCUAUCAGUCGUGGCCUUGCUAGCGGAUUGUACUGUGCCGCACCGUUCCUUGGACCGACCCUGGGCCCCAUCGUUGGUGGUUUCUUGUCGGAAAAUGCGGGUUGGCGAUGGGUGGAGGGACUCGUUGCAGCCUUUUCUGGACUGUUCGCGAUUAUCACGAUCUUUACCUUGCCAGAGACCUAUGCCCCGGUGUUGUUGAACAAGCGAGCCGCACGCCUCUCUUCAAUCACCGGACAGGUUUAUCGCAGUAAGAUUGAGAUUGAGAAGGGCAAAAUGUACCUGGGAGCAGUCUUCAAAACCGCCCUUUCUCGGCCUUGGGUGCUUCUAUUCCGCGAGCCCAUAGUCCUCCUUUUGUCAAUCUACCUCUCCAUCAUUUAUGGCAUUCUGUACCUACUUUUCGCCGCCAUUCCCAUCGUCUAUCAAACAGAGCGAGGUUGGAGUGAAGGCAAGAGCGGCCUUGCCUUCCUGGGUAUUCUGGUUGGCAUCCUCUUCUCCGUUCUAUCGGCAUUCCCAAUGUAUUUCCGAUACAAAAAGAAGGUCCUCUCGACCCCUGGCCGAGUCGCCCCCGAAGCCAGACUCCCCGAUGCAUUUAUUGGUGCUAUCGCGCUAGUUGUUGGGCUGUUUUGGUUUGCCUGGACCAACUCACCUUCGAUCCACUGGAUGGCCUCGAUCGCAGCCGGAGUACCCUUCGGCUUUGGCAUGGUCAUGGUUUUCCUUCCCGUCUUGAAUUACUUGAUCGACGCCUACACAAUCUAUGCUGCGUCGGUCUUGGCCGCCAACGCCGCGUUGCGCUCUGUGUUUGGCGCUGUGUUCCCUCUCUUCACCACACCCAUGUACAGAAACCUGGGAAUUCACUGGGCUUCAUCGAUUCCUGCUUUCUUGGCGCUUGCUUGUGUGCCCAUGCCGUUCUUGUUCUACAAGUAUGGUGCGGCAAUUCGGAGCCGAUGUUACUAUGCCGCAGAGUCUGAUGCUCUCAUGGAGAAGUUGUUUGGAAAACCAACGCCAUCAAAACAAGAGGAACCUCACGAAGAGGGUUCUAGCACUGAAGAAUAA